AUGGAGAGCAAGAUAACCUCUGGCUCCUGGCGCCGCAGGGACCAGGGCAUGAAUCCCUCGACAGACAGCAACAUAACUUCCACCUCCUGGCGCCACAGGGACCAUGGCACGACUCCCUCUGCAGACAGCAAGAUAACCUCCGGCACCCGGCGCUGCGGGGACCAUGGCACGACUCCCUCUGCGGACAGCAAGAUAACUUCUGGCUCCUGGCGCUACAGGGACCAUGGCAUGGCUCCCUCCGCAGACAGCAGCCCAACAUCUGGCUCCUGGCGCCGCAGGGACCAUGGCAUAGCUCCAUCCACAGACAGCAAGAUAUCCUCUGGGUCGUGGCACCACAGGGACCACGGCACGACAUCCUCUGCAGACGGCAACAUAACCUCCGGUUCUUGGCGCCACAGGGGCCAAGGCAUGACACCCUCCACAAACAGCAACAUAACCUUCGGCUCUUGGCGCCACAAGGACCACGACAGGACUCCCUCCGCAGCAGCGCCAUCCGUGGCAUUUCGCCAAACUGCCCCAUAUGAUGACGCCACCAUCUCCAAAAUCCAGAGCUGGUCUGCAUACGAGAAGGGCUGUGGGCUGAUCGAGGCAGCUCAGAAGGGACAACUGGAUCAACUACGAACACUGCUCACAGCGGGUGCGGACCUGAGUGUGACGGACAGGCAGAAGAGGACAGCUUUGCACUGGGCAGCAGGCAGGGGUCACCUCAAGAUGGUGAAAUGUCUGCUGGACGGUGGGGCACAGCCGGACGUCACAGAGAGGUGGAAAAACGUGGCUCUGCACUGGGCUGCGCGGGAGAGCCACGCAACUGUUGUGCAGCUUCUGCUGGCGUCCUCACCUCACCCCAAUGUGAGAGGUGAGGAUGGGUGGACAGCAUUGCACUGGGCGGCGGAAAAUGGUUGCACCAGGGUGGCCACUGUGCUGCUAGAUGCAGGGGCAGACAGGGAACUCAGGGAUGACGAGGGGGACACACCUCUGCACUGCGCUGCGUGGAAUGGCCACACAGCCGUGGUUCGACUGCUGACGGCGUCUGCCCCCCACCCAAAUGUGAGGGGUCAGUACGGAUGGACACCCCUACACUGUGCAGCAGCAAAUGGCCGUGCACAGGUGGCGACUGUGCUGCUGCAGGCAGGAGCAGAUGUAAAAGUGAAGGACGAGGAUAAGAGGACUGCAAUGCACUGGGCAGCUGGCAGGGGAUAUCUCAGAGUGGUGAGGUGUCUGCUAGAAGGUGGGGCACGGUUGGACGCCAUGGACAAGUGGAAGACUGUACCUCUGCACUGGGCUGCGCGGAAGGGCCACGUGGCUGUCGUGCGGCUGCUCUUGGCGUAUUCACCUCACCCCAAUGUGAGGGGGCAGCGCGGGUGGACGCCAUUGCACUGGGCGGCAGAAAAUGGUCGCUCAAAGGUGGCGGCUGUGCUGCUCGAGGCAGGGGCAGACAGUGAGCUCAGGGAUAACAGAGGGUACACACCUCUGCACUGGGCUGCACGGAGGGGCAAGGUCGGUGUAUUGCAGCGGCUGCUGGCGUCCUCCUCUCAGCCCAAUGUGGUGGGGUGGCACGGGGCGACUCCACUGCACUGGGCAGCAGCAAAAGGCUAUGCGGAGGUGGCUGCUGUGCUGCUCGAGGCAGGGGCAGACAAGUCGCUCAGGACUGACAGCGGGAAAACGCCCCUGGACCUCGCUAAAUGGUGGGUUCGCCUCCAGUUGGUGGAAUUGUUAAGAUAA